GCACCAAGCUCUCCUGGCUGCUAGCUAGCGUGGCUAGCCGCGCAGUACUGGAAGAAGCCGAGUCUUAGUUUCUCUCAAAACGGCCGCCAUGGACCUGACUAACGUGUUGUCGCAGCUCGAAAGUGCCGACGGCCAGGACAUCGAGACGCUUCUACGGGAGUAUAACAGAGAGAACAGCCGCACCUUCACUUUCGACCCAAAGGAAGAAUCGCUGCGCAGUAAGCUGUGUCAGAGCGUCCUGGUCGUCCUCGGCAUGAAGGUGCAGCCCAGCUGUCAGAAGACAUGCCUGGAGACACUCCGCAUCCUCUCCAGGGACAAGUGUGUCCUGGCACCUAUAGCCACCCGGGACGGCGUGCUGACUCUGGCCAGGAUGGCUCGACUGAACGCCGGAGAGAUGGCGGGUGACGAGCAGGGGCGGCCGGAGGAAAGCACUCAAUCGGAAGAGGAGGAGAGCGUGGUGGUGGAAGCCUUGAAGUGCCUGUCCAAUGUGGUGUACAACAGUCCCGCCGCUCAGCAGGUGAGCGUGGACGUCAAGCUGGCCCACGGCCUGUGCGCCAAACUGCGCGCCUCCUCCGCCUGUCCCCACGAGGUGGGCCUCUUCACCCUGCGCAUCCUCUUCCUGCUGUCGGCCCUGAAGGCGGACCUGAGUGAGCAGCUGCGGAAAGAGGGGCAGGCGGUGAAGCUGCUCACGGAGGUGCUGGAGCGCACCCUGGGCGUGAGCUGGGAAGGCCCCUACGAGGUGGCCCGUCCGGAUCCUCAGGCUACGCCCCUGCCCGCAGAGGACAAUGAGCGAGUCAUGGAGGCGCUCAAAGCCCUCUUCAACCUGACCGUGUCGUCUGGGGGUAAGGAGGAGGAGCACCAGUACAGACUCAUCACCGCCAUCCUGCGCCACCUGUUGAUGUUAAGGACUGUGAAAGAGGAGAAAACAGAGGAAGUACACAGCCACACCAUCAACGUGCUGAGCAACCUGCCCGUGCCCUGCAUGGACGUACUCAUCGACCUGCCCGUACAAGGAGGAGUAGAGGCGUACGGCGGCAAAAACAUGGACGCCAUACAAGUGUUACUGGACUUCAUGGAGAAACGCAUAGACAAGGGCUCCAACUACAUAGAGGGGCUCACUCCGGUGCUCACCCUGCUAACUGAAGCAUCCAGACACCACAGAGAGAUCCGCAGAUAUGUCAAAGCUCAGGUGCUUCCGCCACUCAAAGACGUCAAGACCAGGCCUGAGGUGGGCACCACCACCAGGAACAAGCUGGUCCGUCUCAUGACUCACGUGGAGAUGGCAGUCAAGCUGGCGGCUGCAGAGUUCCUCUUUGUUUUGUGUAAAGAGAGUGUGGACAAACUGUGUAAGUACACGGGCUACGGACAUGCAGCCGGAAUCCUUCUGAAUAAAGGGCUGCUCGGAGGAGGAAGAGGAGAGACGGAGUACUCGGACGAUGAAGACACCGACACAGAAGAGUACAAAACUGCCAAACCUUUCAUCAACCCCAUCACUGGUCAUGUGGAAGAGCCCAUGCCCAACCCCAUGGACGAGAUGACCGAGGAGCAGAAGGAGUACGAAGCCCAAAAGCUUGCCACAUUGCUGAACAAGUUGUCAGGGCAGCGCCUGAUCCGUCCCAUGGGCGUCAAGCGAGACGGCACGUUAGCGCCCCUCGAAGAAACCCUCCAUGUCCCGCAUGAAGAGCACACCUCCGGUUCGGACACUGACUAGUAAGAGCACUUUGCUUCAUGCCCACAUUUUGAGGUGGGGGUGGUGGAGAAAACACAAAACACCCCCGCCCUGCUACCAAAGCUUUGUCACACUUCAAGUGCUGGAUCUUUCAGACAAGGUGGGUUUUUUUUAAUUAGAUGACGCAGUUGAGCUGAACAAGGGUCUCUUCCCAAAUGUUGAUUUCUCAAUGGACACUUACUUGGUUUUAAAGACAAUUUUUACUCGCCUCGACAUUUUUUUUUUUUCCGUUUCAAAAUAAUCCCACUUUUUCCACAAAACGGAGCAACGUCGGGAAUAUCACGACUCAAUCGGAAUGUUCCGUGCUCGCCCGUAGGCUGACCGCCAUCACGGAGGGCGCGGGGUCGCACAUACUUUAUUUAUUUAUCCCGCAAUGAAAACAAUUUAUUUAUUUCUCCCACAAUGGGGAAGCAACAUCGUUUCUGUAAAUUGCUAUUAGUCCCAAAAUUGAGGAUUUUUUUUUUUCAAAAGGACAUUUCCACGAGGCUUAGUGUGACUUGUGCAAGCUGGGCGGGGGUUCCAGCCACAGCUAGCGUCCCCCCUCCAUUCCCCCCACUCUCGGGCUCGGCCGUGACUCAUAGCGGUUUUUAAGACGGACUUCGCCGAAGCCUCACUUUUGCACCUUUCAUUCGACACAUUCCUAAGUUAGUGGUUUCUUCAACAACCGUCGUCCGGCCAUGUUAGAUUGCGUACACACCACGCGUUAAUACAAGUGGGACAAAGGUAUGGUGUUUUGUCAUCAAGCAGCAUCACCGCGUGAGCCGUAUGUUGGAGCUGUGAAAAAAAUGAUAUAGAAGUAACAGAAAACACUUUAGGCCAUGAAGUUUGAGGAUAAUACAACCACUUAUUAAAUCCAAAGGCCUAAAACACUGUUCUACAUUCCUUCCUCCUUCAGUUCAUACUGCAUGUCAUUUAGCGCUCUGUAUUUGGUAAGUACUUGAUGUCUUUUCAGGGGGGGGGGGGAAUGUGUUCCUUUUGCACUUUGACAUAAUGUAAUUGUCACUGUAUUUAUGUAGUGAAGUUAUCACCGGGGGGGGGAGAGUACAAUAAAGU